GAAGACGAAGAGAAGAAAUGGAGAUGCCGAAACAAUAAAAAUCAUCGGAGAUCCAAACUUUUACUUCUUCAUCGUUUAAUUCACCCCUCCCAACUUCCAGUCGCUUAACCUGGUGAAGAAGAGCUUCCAAUCGAAUAUGCUUCACACGCCAAUUUCGAUUAUUUCUUUUCUGAGAUUGGAGUUUUCUGGAUUUGGAUUCCGAUUUGAUUAGAAAUUAGUUUUCAAAUGGCAUAUUUUCUUCAUCUGAAUAAAACCUAUUCUAGAAAGAGCUUGAAGGAGAAAUGAAAACUCGACUCAUUAUGGUCAUGGAAGAUUUGACAAAAACAAUAUAUUCGAAUGAUGAGUUUUUUUGAGUAAAGAUUUAGCUUUUUUUUUUUUUUUAUCUUUUAUGUUAAUUGAUGAAGGAGAUGAAAUUUUAAUUUUUUGGGGGGAUUUCUUGUUUUUUUUUUUAAUCUUAUGUUCUUUAUUCAAAAAAGAAAAUAGCUCCAAUUUCUAAGUUUGUUCUAUAACUAUCUCAAGUUCUGGCCUUCUAUUCAUCAAUUCCCACACAAAACUUUGGUCGGAUUUGAACUAAUCUCAUUUCAACCUUAAGUACUUGGAUCCAAAAGUUCUAAGCUUUUCUGAGAAAAAUUUGGGUUUUCUUUUUCUUUUUUUUUUUCAGGUUAAUCAAUGAAGAAGAUGAUAUUUGGACACUGAUUGAGAGGAGGAUCAUUCCCUGUUAAUUUGUGCUCUUACAGGUUAUGGGUUUUUCUUUUCUAUAUGAAGAAGAGAUGAAAUCAGAGACAAGAAUAUGAAGAAUUUUAAUUUUUGGGUUAAUGAUUUAAUGGGUUAUUAUUAUUAUUGUAGAAUAGAGAUGAAAAGAAAUUUAUGGGUUAAUGAUGAUUUUAUGGGUUUUAAUUUUUGGGUUAAUGGAAGUUUUUUAAAUUUCUCUUAAUGAAUUUUUAGGGUAAUUUUUUUUUUCUCUUCUUCUACUGUCUAGCUAGGCAGCAAACCGUCCAACUGGCCAGUUAAAUGCCAACAAGGAGUCGGUUAAAUGCCAACAGAAAAAUGCCCUUGCUCCACCACCCAGCUGCACCGCCUUGCUCAUUUGUGUGCUGCCGCUCUCAGCUCGUCACCACAGCCAGCCGGCCAUCGUCCCGCCGCUGCACCUGCUCCAGACCGCCACUGCCUUCUCACGCUCCUGCUCCAGGCCGCCCUGCCUAGCUCGCCUGCCAUCGUUCCGCCACUUCCCAGCUUGUCACCACAUCCUGUCGAUCACAGCAGCAGCUUGUUGCACCGACAGUUGUAGCCUCCCGACCCUGCUUCAGGGAAUCACGGGCAUCCUUUGUUGUGUCUGUUUCUUACAGGGGAAAAGAAAACCCGACCUGGAAUUCAGGUUCUGAUUCUAAAAUGCUUAUCCCUCAGACCAAAAACAUUGGCCUUCCAUUGAUGAAUCUUAUGAGAUUCAAAGGUUUGCCCAUUUUGCAGCAACUUCAUAUAGAGGAACAACUACUUCGAACUUCAUCGGAGAAUUGGUGCAUGGUCAAUGAUGGAACUAAUGAUCCUACCAUUGUAAUGGGUGUGUCAGGGAAACCUGCUGAACUUCUUGAAAUUGAAUCCGUCUUAGACGAUCAGGUUCCUGUCAUAAGAAGGUUUACUGGGGGAGGUACUGUUAUUGUUGACCACGGGACGGUAUUUGUCACUUUCAUAUGCAAUAAAGAAGCAGUUCCUAACUUACAACCAUAUCCUCGACCAAUCAUGUCUUGGAGCAGCUCAUUAUACAGCAAAGUCUUUCAAGGAAUUGGUGAUUUCCAUCUUCGUGAAAAUGAUUAUGUAUUCGGUAACCACAAGUUCGGUGGAAAUGCUCAAUCCAUUACCAAGAAUAGGUGGAUCCACCACACUUCAUUUUUAUGGGACUUCAAUGUCCAGAACAUGUCUUACCUAAAGCAUCCUAAACGAGCUCCUGCAUAUCGAUCGGCAAGGAGCCAUUUGGACUUCAUAUGCCGUAUGAAGGAUUACAUGCCGAGGUCAACUUUUAUGGAUAAAACCGUGGAGGCAACUGAAACCCAGUUUUCGUUAAGGCCUAUCCAAUUGGAAGCAAUUAGAACUUGCACGGAAGCUGAAUUCUGUCCCUCAAGCAGGUUCCUGACAAAUGAAGAAUUGGAGGCAGCAGCUGUUGCUCUGCAAUAGUGAAGCAGUUUGCAGGUCUGCAUGAUUUUUCUCAAGAUUAUCAUGAUUAAUGAGGUAAAUCCGAACGAAAGCUGUAUAAGUUUAAUCAAAAUAUUUCAUUGCUUGGAAACUGGAAUUUUAUCAAUUAACGCCUAUGUUCAUCAUCAGCCAUGGCAGUGAAUGGCAUUGAAAGAAAUGUUGUUUCCAGUUGAAAAUGAAUAAAUUGGACUGUGACAGCAUGUAAGGGAAUCGUCUUUCACAAUCAAUUGUUACGAUUUCUGCC